GGUUUUCCUGAAUGGUUCUGCCGUCCUGGGGUGGGGAGAGAAGGGAAGGAAGAAGGGCGGGAGGAGGGAGGGAGGGAGGAGUGUGGGAAGAGGAAGGAAAAAAGAGAGCGAGACAGCGAAGGGAAGAGAAAGAUGUCACUGUCUCUAAUCUCCCUGUCAUUUUUAUUUCCAGCAGGCGCCAGUCGAAGGAGCUGCUAGAACAAUGCUGAGGCGGGCGAGGUGAGGAGCCCAGCACGGCAGCCCCAGCCCCGACGGAGCGUCUGGAACAGGUGAUCGCAGGCGCCGGAAACCCAGGCACCUGGGCAUCCCUCCCUGUCUCCGCCAGGCCCGGAGCCCCAAGGAAGGGGGGGAAACCAUGGCGACCAAUUUCAGCGACAUUGUCAAGCAAGGCUACGUGAGGAUGAAGAGCAGGAAGCUGGGGAUCUACCGGAGGUGCUGGCUGGUGUUCCGGAAGUCCUCCAGCAAGGGGCCCCAGCGGCUGGAGAAGUAUCCAGAUGAGAAAUCAGUGUGCCUCCGAGGCUGCCCCAAGGUGACUGAGAUCAGCAAUGUCAAGUGUGUCACACGGCUACCCAAGGAGACCAAGCGGCAGGCAGUAGCCAUCAUAUUCACUGAUGACUCGGCACGCACCUUCACCUGUGACUCAGAGCUGGAGGCAGAGGAAUGGUACAAGACUCUGUCUGUGGAGUGUCUGGGGUCACGGCUCAACGACAUCAGUCUGGGAGAGCCUGACCUCCUGGCCCCAGGAGUGCAGUGUGAGCAGACAGAUCGCUUCAACGUCUUCCUGCUGCCCUGCCCCAACUUGGACGUGUAUGGCGAGUGCAGGCUGCAGAUCACCCACGAGAACAUCUACCUCUGGGACAUGCACAACCCCCGUGUGAAGCUCGUCUCAUGGCCACUCUGCUCGCUGCGCCGCUAUGGCCGGGACGCCACACGCUUUACCUUUGAGGCCGGCCGGAUGUGCGAUGCUGGAGAAGGGCUCUACACCUUCCAGACACAGGAGGGAGAGCAGAUUUACCAGCGGGUCCACAGUGCCACCCUGGCCAUUGCCGAGCAGCACAAGCGGGUUCUGCUGGAAAUGGAGAAGAACGUGAGGCUGCUGAACAAGGGCACAGAGCACUACUCGUAUCCCUGCACACCCACUACCAUGCUGCCCCGCAGCGCCUACUGGCACCACAUCACGGGUUCCCAGAACAUUGCCGAAGCCUCUAGCUAUGCAGGUGAGGGGUAUGGGGCAGCCCAGGCCAGCUCAGAAACAGAUCUCCUCAACAGAUUCAUCCUGCUAAAGCCAAAGUCCAGCCAGGGGGACAGUGGCGAGGCCAAGACCCCAUCCCAGUGACAGCAGUGCUAGCAAGCACCGGUGACCUGCUGGGGCUGCCUGUUGCAGGGCUGGCUGCAGUGUUCCGUGGAUAGCCUGGAGGGGCUGCUGGCCAAGAGCCUGGAGAAAAGGAGCAAGCUGCCACCUCCUUGUCCCCAAGGGUGAGGCUGGACCACAGCUAAGGGCUGGCCACACCACCUGAGCAUGUGAGGGGCUGGAGCUACCGUGGGACUAUAUACUGUUAAUGAGUUUAAUAUAUAUGGCUUACGACAUAUUCUAUAUUAAUGAGAUUUCCCCCCAUCCUUCCCCGCCAACACAUUUUUAAAUCCCAUGACCAGGCCACAGUCAAGGCUGUUUUUGAGUAUGAGGGCAGCUGUUUCCCUGUCCUCCAUGGUACAGCCCUCCUGCUGCCAGGGCCAGAGGAGGGGACAGUCAGAACUUGAGGCUGGCACUGACUGUUGGCUUUUCCCAAGCAGCCCAGGGCCAAGACAGCAGGUGGCCUCUCAGUUCCUCUGGGCCUGGCACGGCACAGGAAGGAUCCCAACUUGCACUGCGCUGCUCGCCAGCCUCACACUAGGAGUGCUAAACAGAGGUGACAUCUGGUUGCCGCCUCAGGUGAAAAUCUGGUUUUAAAAUGUAACUUCUGCACAGGUUCCUUCCGGCUUAGCAGGCUGGGAAGAUGCCCUUGGGGUGGGGUGCCAAUUACCUCAGCCAUGUGGAGGAAGGCUAGAGAGUGUUCCUGCCCCAGGGCCAGGCCAGGAGGGAAGGCUGCAGCCGGGACUGCUGUGGGGAGCACCCCUGCUGACCCCUCCUUCACUGACCAGGGAUGGACACUGCCCAAGGAGCCCCUCCGCCCUGUGUUUGACCCACCCUAUGGCCAGCCAGAAGCACUCAGAAGACCUCCCAUUCCCUCCUCCCCACAUGGUGCUGAGGCUCCCUGCUGAAAUGCAAUUAAAGCAAUUGAUUUUCUAGUGCUGGUAUUUAUUGACUACCAUGCAGAAGGGCUAUCUUUCUAUUCACAUCAAACCUUUGGUUGCGUGUUUUGUUUUUUGUUUGUUUUUAAAAAUACUUCAGGGUUAUGAUUUGUGGGAACAGACUUUCUUGUAAAUAACCAUUGUUCAAGUUGUGGCAGGAGGAUGAUAAAGCAAGAGAUCCCUCCCGGAGGAGCCCAGGAGCCAGGGAGAUAGCACAGCCAGCUCGCUCUGAAUUGACCCAGGGCACGACCACCCAGAGGGAUAUGCUAGCCUGAAGAGGGGUGCUGGGGUCCAAAGGCUUUGGGGAGGGAGGAAGAGCUGGCUGGCUCAGCUAAGUGGCACGAUGACGCAUGAAGGAGAUUAUGUUGUGCUCUUUAUUGCCAAAAAUAAAACACUUUUAAAAAGACAA